CGGCACUGCUGAUCACGAGACAGCCCUCCUGGCUCCGCCCCGCGCUCGUCCCGGUCACGUGCCCGGAAGUGGCGCGCGGCGGGCGGGAACGAUGGAGCCGGCCAAGAUGGCGUCACCCAAGAGCGCGCCGAAAGACGCGCAGGUGAUGGCGCAGAUCCUGAAGGACAUGGGCAUCACCGAGUACGAGCCGCGCGUCAUCAACCAGAUGCUGGAGUUCGCCUACAGGUACGUCACUACUAUACUGGAAGAUGCAAAAAUUUACUCAAGCCACGCAAAGAAAUCCAGUGUGGAUGCAGAUGACGUAAGGCUGGCAAUCCAGUGUCGGACAGACCAGUCAUUUACCUCUCCCCCUCCGAGAGACUUCUUGUUAGAUAUUGCAAGGCAGAAAAACCAGACGCCACUGCCAUUGAUAAAGCCUUAUUCGGGGCCCAGGCUCCCACCUGACAGAUACUGCUUGACGGCUCCCAACUACAGGCUGAAAUCCCUGCAGAAGAAGCAGGUCUCUUCCUCUGCGGGAAGAAUAACUGUCCCUCGUCUGAGCGUCGGUGCGGUGAGCAGUAGGCCCAGCACUCCGACCUUAGGGACACCUUCGGCACAAACAGUGUCCGUCUCGGCAAAGGUCGGCACUCCCGUGUCGCUGAGCGGGCAGCGCUUCACUGUGCAGAUCCCGUCUUCCCAGGCAACAGUCAAGUCAGCCACACCAACUACUCCAACUGUUCAGAAUGUUCUAAUUAAUCCUUCGUUAAUUGGACCAAAGAACAUCCUCAUCACUACAAACAUGGUGUCAUCACAGACAACGGCUAGUGAGUCAAACCCCUUGAAAAGGAAGCACGAAGACGACGAUGACUAUGACAACUUGUAAAGAGACUGUCGGGUCCCCUUCUGUUCUCCAGGGAUUUCUGCUGAGUCCCAUAGGCUGUUUUUGCCCUGAGUUCCCUGUAAGCGGCGCGAGAGCUCCCAGUCCCCUGUUGCUGGGGAGGGAGGGUGUUGCUGGUGGGAAGAUGCAGACCCGCCUGAUCUUUUCCCUGGGGCCUCAGCAGUGACAGUGAACGUUGGUCACUGCUCCAGAGGAGGAGUCUUCCCCUCUCUUCUCUCGCCUCGGUUCCAACAGUUCUGUGUCUCGGAGCCCGUGGAGCCAGGUUCUCGUAGCACUGCCUUGUGCCAAGUAAAAACCGUGUUUAGAAAGCA